AUGAUCUAUUCAGGUCCCAAUCCGACCAUGGUCAGCAGGAAGCGGCCGAGAGUGGCUUCACACCACUUCGCCGACAACAGAACACCACGUGCGUCGGGUGUGUACGAUUUCAAUGCUUCGGUUACAAGCUUGAAUGCUCUUUCACCUUCACCAUUGGCAAAUUCAGAAUAUCGACUGUGGGGAGGCAUGGACACGCCUGGGGCUUUGCGUGAGCAGAGGCUGGAACGCAUGCGGGAAGCAGAUGCAGAGCGCGAUUAUAGGCAGUCGAGGUUCGCGAAGCCAUGGUCACCGAGACUUUCGUGGAGGACAUCAGACGAGAUCUUGAAUGAGGAAAAAAAGUCUGUGGAGCCUCCGCCGAAGAAAAAGAGCUGGAAUUUACGAGGUACUGCCUGGGCUUUGACUGGAGGUGUAUUGGGGACAAUAUUCAAUUUUUGUUGGAACACUACCUUUUCAGGUUUUCAAGCAGGAGGUGGAGAGGCUUACACCAACUAUGCUGAGGUCAUUACGAGGCAUAGUCCUGAAGAAGAGAAGGAUGACUAUCUGUCGAAGAGGCGAAUCAAAAAUCUUCCUGGAACGGUCCCUCGAAAUAGGAAAUCCCUUGAACAGCAUGAGGCUUUACCAAUACAGGUUAAAACAUCGAUAACGACGCCGACAAAAUUUGUUGAGUAUGGAUCAACCGACUCAGUUGUCAAGGACGACUGGGUCUUCUUGGAACACAAUACUUCACAAGAGGAUCUUAGCCCAGCGAGAAAGAGGUCGAAAGCCUCUGUAGCUGGUUCAAGUCGAUACGAUUCUUUCCAGCCUGUGCAACCAGUCAGGAGUCCCACUGCAUCUUACGCACCAUCAAGAUCUAGAACAAGCGCUUCUGCCAACGUCAGACCUCAUAACGGACAGAAGCGUUCCAGCGCUGCGCUUGUCUCACCUACCUUGAGACAGGUAUCUACGUUUGAUCAGCAGUCUCCUGCUUCCCCAGAAAUCGAACAUUAUCAACGAAAGAAGAGACGUGAAGUCAAGAGGCAAGAUGAGAGUAUCAGACGUCUGAAUUCACAACUUCAGGAUAUGAUCCGGGAAGGCCAGGAAGCUCUUGGUUCGAAGAUUGAGAUUGUUGAUGAUAACGACACGGAUGAGGGAUUCUUUGAAGACGAAUACUUAAGCUGA